AUGAUGAUGAUGAAUCAAUACGAUUGUUUAAAUAAAGCUCAAUUAAGCUUUGAAUAUUUGCAUACAAAUUCAACUACACAUACAUUUCUUUUUGGUGCAUUAGCUGAAUUAGUUGAUAAUUCAAGAGAUGCUGGCGCAACAAAUCUUGAUAUUUAUACACGAAAAGAUCCAUCUUUACGUGGAGGAUUUUAUUUGGCAUUUUUGGAUGAUGGUUGUGGAAUGCAUUACGACGAUGUGUUCAAUGUAAUUGUUUUUGGUAAAUCCGGAAAACGCCAUACGCUUGAUUCUAAUCAAAUUGGUCAAUAUGGUAAUGGUUUAAAAUCUGGUGCUAUGCGUAUAUCAAAUGAUUUUAUAUUAUUAACAAAAAAAGAUAAUAUUGGUACAUGUUUAUUUCUUUCACGAACAUUUCAUCAAGAAGAACAUAUAACUCAAAUAAUGUGUCCAAUGCCUUGUUUUGAUUUAAUCACUCAACAACCAAUUGAAAAUACUGAUAAUGAACAAAUAAAUGGGACACGUACAUAUACAUAUGAUAAAACUAAACAUGAACUUGAAAUGUAUUUAAUUACAAAAUAUUCUCCAUUUAAAACAAUUGAUGAUUUAUUUAAACAAUUUAAUUUAAUUACAUCUUCAAGUGGAACAUUAAUUGUUCUAUAUAAUGUGAAAUUAUCUGAUACCGGUGAAGCAGAACUUAAUAUAAAAACAGAUCCAUAUGAUAUGUUAAUUGAUUCAAAAAAUCGAAGAAAUCUAUUUGAUGAUAAUGAUGAUAGUAUACCACCUGAAUAUCGUUCAUUUCGUGCAUAUGUUUCAAUUCUUUAUUGUGAACCACGUAUGCGUAUAACAAUUCAACAACGACGUGUUAUAACAAAAAGAUUACCACAUACAUUAUAUAAACCUCGUCAAUAUCAAUUUAAAUCUACACGUUUUAAAACACGUUCCGAACAAGAAAUAAAAAAGUGUGAACAAGAACUUGAAUCAUUAGAUGAACGUAUACGUGAAGCUGAUUCGCAAGUUCAUGAUAUACAACAACGAUUGGGUAUAACAUAUACAAUUGAUGAACGUACACGCUUAAGAAAAUUACAGAUUCAUGCAGCUGAUUUAAAAGAUAUUGCAAAUCGUUUACGUACUGGACUUUUAAGGAAAAAAUCGGAAUUAAAUACAACAAAAAUUUUAACAUUUACAUUCGGAUUAAAUAUACAAAAUCGUGCAGCUGAUGGAGUUUUCGUUUAUAAUUGUGGACGACUUAUUAAAAUGUAUGAAAAAAUUGGACAACCAAAUAAAAAAACUUUGUAA